UUUAUGUCUGUACUGUUUGCAAGCUAUAAGACAGUCCAUAUGAUCGCAACUAUCCAAAACUUUGGAGCUGGAGCAGUAACUUGCCGGUUUCCUGUUUUUAAGGCAGUUCUGUUGAACAGUAGACGUUUCGCUGCAAUGUCUGAAUCAUUAAACAAAGUGCCAGCUGUGGAUAUCGAUGGCCAUGGAAGAUUCAAGUAUAUUUUAAUUAAUGUGCACGAUGAAACUAGCAAUGACAGCAAAACUAUUGUCAGGGGUUAUGCCAGGGCAUCUUGGCAUGCGGACAUCUUCGACGAAACCUGCAAGCAACUGGAACCAUAUCCCUCCUUGAAACCGAAAUGCUUGGGCGGCGGAAGAAUCGAGCACGAUCCCGACGCAAGGACCAUCAAAGUCUACGGAUAUUCCCAGGGCUUUGGAAAAGCAGACCAUGAGGUGUCCGGCGGACUGUUGAAGGAGAAGUAUCCUGAUUACACAAUUACUUGUUCAGACGAGGGCUACUAAGGGAGAUAAAGGAGAAAAAAGUCUCUAAUUAUAAAAAAUAACACGCAACAAUAAUACUUUUAACAAUAUCUGAAUAAAGCCAACUAUUUAUAACGAUA